AUGACCGCACUCACUGCCAAUCGACGUGCCAUUACCUCAGUUUGCCGCGCUCGAGCGAACAGACUCGUCCACUCUUCGUCAUCCCUCUCUGCCUCAGCCUCGACAGGCCAUGAGGUCGAAGAAAUCACCCUCCAACCAAUCUUUGAUAUCUUCGACGCCCCAACACGGCUUGCUGAAUCCAGCGAAUUUAUUCGCGACAAAUACAAAUCCUCAUCGACAAUGAAGACCGUUGAAAGUUCGUCAGCAUUUGCCACACCCCACACCAGACCAACGCCCGUAGCUUUACCACCACCUAUCACGUUCGACGGGCCAGCUCGUCCGAGAAAUGCGGCCUUUGCUCUCCAAAGCCGUCUGCGUCAAGCUGGCCUUACGCAGCUCCACCAGUAA